CUAACAUUGCCCAGUGCUAGGUAACAGUUAGCUAAAAGAGCUAACUGUUAUUGCUAGUUACCGAUACGUAAAUCAUGGCUAUGAUGCCUUGAGUUAGCCAAGUUUAGAUGGCUAAUUGACUAGGUUAUUAUGUUUGUGUGAUAGGCUGUGUUGCUUAAUCAUAAUAUCUCAGGGCUUUUGAAAAUUGAUUGCAUGGGCAAGAUGUAAUUUCUUUGCCAAGCAACGGUAGGUAACUGCAUAGAGACCGUUAUUUACGCCAGCAUCGUCAGCUGUUUCACGCCUGAACUCGCAAAGCCUAGAACCAGUUGUUUCUCCUGAUAGAAAUGUUUGCUAGUUUCAUGGAAAAUAACGCUCGUCAUCUUCUAUAGAAUUAUCAGGGAGAAAUUGUUAGCGUAGUUCUAGUGCUACAAACAGACGCAAAUGAGGAAAACAGCCAGUGCCGCAGAAAGGAUGCGACUGCUGUGGAGGCGUGAUGUGCCGAUGGCACUGGUAGGGAACGAUUCGCCUGUGGGCUUGGCUCCGGGGCCGGCGGCCUCCACUGUUGGCCCCGGGAGCUCCAACAUGUCCUGGGUCCCCCCCGAGGCCCCGCUGGUCACCCCUGACAACCCCCUCUUCCUCAUGACGUCCGCAGCACAGACCAUAUCGGGGUUCUUCGUAUGGACCGCCCUCCUGCUCACCUGCCACCAGAUCUACAUGCACCUGCGCUACUACAGCUCCCCUAACGAGCAGCGUCACAUCGUGCGCAUCCUCUUCAUCGUGCCCAUCUACGCCUUCGACUCAUGGCUCAGCCUCCUCUUCUUCACCAAUGAGGAGUACUACGUCUACUUCGACACGGUCCGGGACUGCUACGAGGCAUUCGUGAUCUACAACUUCCUCAGUCUUUGCUAUGAGUACCUCGGGGGAGAGAGCGCUAUUAUGGCUGAGAUCAGAGGCAAGCCAAUAGAGUCCAGCUGUGUGUACGGAACAUGUUGCCUUUGGGGACGAACCUACUCCAUCGGAUUCCUUCGCUUCUGUAAACAGGCGACGCUGCAGUUCUGUGUUGUGAAGCCGCUGAUGGCCAUGAUUACAGUCAUCCUGCAGGCCUUCGGGAAGUACAGAGACGGCUACUUCAACGUCCACAGCGGCUACCUGUACGUGACCAUCAUCUACAACGUCUCCGUCAGCCUGUCCCUCUACGCCCUCUUCCUCUUCUACUUCGCCACCCGAGAGCUGCUUGUGCCCUACAGCCCCGUGCUCAAGUUCGCCAUGGUCAAGUCCGUCAUCUUCCUCUCCUUCUGGCAAGGCAUGCUGCUGGCCAUCCUGGAGAAGUGUGGUGCCAUCCCCCAGAUCCACUCCCCAGACGUGUCGGUGCGGGAGGGGACGGUGGCCGCCGGCUAUCAGAACUUCAUCAUCUGCAUCGAGAUGUUCUUCGCCGCCGUCGCCCUGCGCCACGCCUUCACCUACACCGUCUACAUGGACAAGAGGCUCGACUCCCGUGGCCGCUGCGCCCCCAUGAAAAGCAUCUCCAGCAGCCUGAAGGAGACCAUGAACCCCGGGGACAUGGUGCAGGACGCCAUCCACAACUUCUCCCCGGCCUACCAGCAGUACACGCAGCAGUCCACGCUGGAGCAGAGCGGGGGGCCGCCCGUCUCGCGAUCCCACAGCAUGUGCAGCGCCCGCGGAGACAACGAGAAGACGCUGCUACUCAGCUCCGACGACGAGUUCUAAGAGAGCGAGAGAGAGAGAGCAGGCAUGGAGAGAGGAGGGAGGGAGUGUAGGAGAGAGGGAGGCAGGGGGCAGAGCUGUAUCAAGUAGAAGUAGAAGAAGUAUAUACUGCUAUGGGUGUCAUUGCAACACUAUUAGUAGGAUAUUGAAUAGUUGCAUCUAUGCAAUAUCAUACAUACCACUUGUCUUAUAAUUUCAUCUGUAAGUUUCAGUACCUCUACUUCUGCUUUGUACAUCUUUGGGAGCGGACUGAAGAAUGAGAGUAAAUAGGGAAAUUGGGGAAGACCGGGUCAUUCCGAGAGGACUGUGUCCUCUGAAAGGGAUUCUGGAGAGACUCAAACAGACCAUUGUGCCAUCAUUGCUGUGGAGGUGACUUGGCCAACACACCCCUAGGGCACACACACACACACACACACACAUGCAUAUGCACGUAAUCUUGUGCAAGCAUUCUACAACUAUAAGGGUCCCCAAUCACACACACACACACACACAAUCUUGCUGAAGCGUUCUACAACUAUAAGGGUCACCAAUCACACGCACGCGCACGCACACACGCACACACACACACACACGCACAAUCUUGCUGAAGCAUUCUACAACUAUAAGGGUCACCAAUCACACACACACACACACACACGCAGACACACACAGACACAGGCACACACACACACACACAGGAACACACAAAAUCCUGUAACAAGCAUUCAUAAGGGUCAUAACGAUUUCAGAGCUACGAUUGGGAUGUAAGCCAUGUUUCAAUCCUCAAAUGGUGUGAGUGCCAGCAGUCCCAGCAGUCAUUACUUAUGUGGCACUGCGCUGGUGGAGAUGUUUUGCUGCCUUAUGACACACUAACACACACAUGAUGCACACAACAUAUAUAAUAGAUGUUACACUUACUUAUAACUAUUCACAAUGAAAUAUACAUUUCAGUCUUGGAUUAUGAUGAAUACAGGCAUAACCAAAAAAAAACUUCAGUUGUCUUAAUCCAGUUACUUAGUAGUUAGUCUGUACACAGGAUGUAAAUGAAUGGCUUUUAUUAUUAUUAUUAUUAUUAUUAUUAUUUUAUUUUUAUUUUUUUUAAGAGCUACAACGUGCUAUCCCAUGGCUUAUGGCUUUGAAUCUCACACACUCCUUAUUUGAUGGGCACAUACGUAUUAUCACAUGUUACGUUUAUGUAGUGUGAGUGUACAGCGUUAUUGAGUCUAUGCUGCCUUCUAAUAAUAAGUGAUUAAAAGGCUUCUGGCUGUCGAGGCGAGGGAGGCAGUGCAGCUAGCAGCCUGCUUAGCGCUUACUCAGCCUCCACAUAGUUGUGCACCUGCCAGACUUCACCCAAACGCAAAUGGAUACUAAGGCACUUUGUAUUCAUUCAGUUCAGCUAACAAUUCAGGUUUGGAACGCUAUGGGAGGGAAAAAAGAAAAUAAAUAAUGGCCAAAACAUGUGCAGCUUGCCACCUCUCUACAAAGCUAUUGAUGUUUCCAGAAGUGAACUCUUUUAUGAGGUGAUAUUGUUUAUUUGUUGUUGUGUUGUUUUUCUAAUUAUUUGUAUUAUUAUUUUCGGUCAUCAGAUGUGACUUCCCACCUAUGGGGCAUCACAUGAGAUGCAUUGCCAAAUACAGAGACCUUGUGGUACUAACAGGGA